UUUCUCCUGCCCGGUUGAUUUAUUUACUAAUAUGGCGAUUCUUUAUUCAUUAAUUUAUUUUUAAUGUCGGGCUGUAGCAGGUCUCUAUAAUUGUAGCAGGUCUCUAUAAUAAAUGCGCAUCCCACCGUUCUGCAUCAUAAUCACAUUGGAAUAAUGGACCGAGCGACCUGCUCGACUCGGAGAUGAUGAUUUUCUUCCUCGUUGAGUGACAGCUGUUGCUUAGAAAGACACUGAAACGUCACCCCACAGGAACACAACCACAUCCCCAAUACUACAAUUCAAUACCAUCUCCGUACAGAAGAAAAAACACAGCGGACCCGCUGCCAAGGAACGUUUUCUGCAGUUUAUUCAAGGGGAUUUUACAAAACGUUUUUAUUUUUUUAAUGACAGCCUUGGAACGGAAAAAUAAUUUAAAAAAAGGCUUGCAUUUCAUUCUCCACGACUGGAUAUUUCUUUCAUUUUUUUUUUUUUUUUUUUUGAUAGAAUCGUGAGAGUUGCUAUGAAAUCCAUCUUGUAAAGCCAGCUCCCGGAUGUUGCUAUAUUAUAAUGCUGGCUAAAACACCCAGGGAUGACUGUUAUUGGAAUCGCUUGUCUCAAUAACAUGGGGGUCGGAUGAAGGGGAAAAAAAGAAAGAAAUAUCUAUAUAUAUGUAUAUUGUUUUUUUUUUUGUUUAAGUAUUAAUGAGGAGAAGAGAAUGCAUGAACUAGAGACACGGAACGAAGGGGCGAAUUAUGCCAGCAGCGGCAGAGUUCCUCUCCCUGGUGACGCACCAGGCCUUCAGUCAAACUGCUCUGCACCGCCCAAGUCAACUGCUCUCUCCUGGCAGGCAGCGAUUGAUGCUGCUAGACAGGCCAAGGCUGCACAAACCAUGAGCACCAACACCCCCGCACCUGUCGGAUCUCUAUCCCAAAGAAAACGGCAGCAGUAUGCCAAAAGCAAGAAGCAGGGCAACAGUGCGAACAGCAGGCCUCCCCGAGCACUGUUCUGUUUAACUCUCAACAACCCCAUCAGGAGAGCCUGUAUCAGCCUGGUCGAAUGGAAGCCAUUUGAUAUCUUUAUUUUAAUCGCAAUUUUUGCCAACUGCGUGGCCUUAGCUGUUUACAUCCCUUUUCCCGCAGAUGACUCCAAUUCAACGAAUCAUGAUCUGGAAACAGUAGAAUAUGCCUUCCUUAUAGUUUUUACAAUUGAAACGUGUUUGAAGAUUUUUGCAUAUGGAUUAGCAAUGCACCAGAAUGCUUAUGUAAGAAACGGAUGGAACAUGCUGGAUUUUAUCAUUGUAGUAGUAGGGUUAUUUAGUGUUGUCUUGGAACAACUAACCAAAGAGGGAGAUGGAGACAACCACUCUGGUGGAAAGCCAGGCGGCUUCGAUGUUAAAGCCCUAAGAGCCUUCCGUGUGCUGCGUCCGCUCCGACUAGUGUCAGGGGUGCCCAGCUUGCAAGUUGUUUUGAAUUCCAUUAUAAAAGCCAUGGUCCCUCUUCUCCACAUUGCCCUGUUAGUGUUGUUUGUAAUCAUAAUCUAUGCCAUUAUAGGACUGGAGCUUUUUAUUGGAAAAAUGCACACAACGUGUUAUAUUGCUGGUACAGAUUUAAUAGCAGAAGAUGAACCAGCACCAUGUUCAAUCUCAGGUGAUGGGCGCACAUGCCCCAUCAAUGGCACUGUAUGCAAGGAAGGGUGGCAUGGUCCAAACGGAGGCAUUACCAACUUUGACAAUUUUGCCUUCGCCAUGUUAACUGUGUUUCAGUGCAUAACAAUGGAGGGUUGGACUGAUGUGUUAUAUUGGGUCAAUGAUGCUGUUGGAAUGGAGACACCAUGGAUCUAUUUUGUUAGUCUAAUCAUACUCGGGUCAUUUUUCGUACUUAACCUCGUUCUGGGUGUUCUCAGUGGAGAGUUUUCGAAGGAGAGAGAGAAGGCAAAGGCCCGCGGAGACUUCCAGAAGCUGCGGGAGAAGCAGCAGUUGGAGGAUGAUCUGAAGGGGUACCUGGACUGGAUCACCCAGGCAGAGGACAUCGACCCCGAUAACGACGAGGAGGGCGACGAAAAGAACAACCGCAAACCAAGUCUGCCCACAAGUGAAACUGAAUCUGUAAAUACAGAGAAUGUGAGCGGUGAAACAGUGUGCUGUGGAAAUCUGUGUCAAAAAAUUUCAAAGUCUAAGUUCAGUCACCGGUGGCGUCGCUGGAACAGGUGCUGCCGCAGGAAGUGCAGGGUUGCGGUGAAGUCUGUCACGUUCUAUUGGCUGGUCAUUGUCCUGGUCUUUCUCAACACGUUAACCAUCUCAUCAGAGCAUUACAACCAGCCCUUCUGGCUCACUCAAGUCCAAGAUAUUGCAAACAAGGUUCUCCUGUCCUGCUUCACCUGUGAAAUGUUGGUGAAAAUGUACAGCCUGGGUCUGCAGGCGUACUUUGUCUCGCUCUUCAACCGGUUUGACUGCUUCGUAGUGUGCGGUGGAAUCGUAGAAACGAUAUUGGUAGAGCUGGAAGUGAUGUCACCUCUUGGAAUCUCAGUGUUUCGAUGCGUGCGUCUCUUAAGGAUUUUCAAAGUGACGAGGCACUGGACGUCUCUGAGUAACCUGGUGGCUUCCCUGCUGAACUCCAUGAAGUCCAUCGCCUCCCUGCUGCUACUGCUCUUCCUCUUCAUCAUCAUCUUCUCACUUCUGGGAAUGCAGGUCUUUGGGGGCAAGUUCAACUUCGAUGAGACGCAGACGAAAAGGAGCACCUUCGAUAACUUCCCACAAUCUCUGCUAACGGUGUUCCAGAUUCUCACAGGAGAAGACUGGAAUGCUGUGAUGUAUGAUGGCAUAAUGGCAUAUGGAGGCCCAUCAUCCUCUGGAAUGGUAGUUUGCAUAUACUUUAUUAUUCUCUUUAUCUGUGGUAACUAUAUCCUUCUAAAUGUCUUCUUGGCUAUUGCUGUGGAUAACUUGGCUGAUGCUGAAAGUCUAAACACUGCGCAGAAGGAGGAAGCAGCAGAAAAACAAAGGAAGAAGCGCGCCAGAAGUGGAAGUUUAGACAGUAAAGAAGAAGAGAAACAUGAGGCAAACGCUCCUGAUGCAAAGGUUCCAGUGGAAGAUGAGGAUGAUAAGGAUCCCUACCCAGCAGGAGAUGUCCCAGGCGAGGAGGAAGAGGAUGAGCCUGAAGUCCCAGUUGGGCCCCGGCCUCAGAGGCUGUCUGAUCUGACCAUGAAUGAGAAGGUCACCCCCAUCCCUGAGGGCAGCUCCUUCUUCAUCUUCAGCAAGACCAACCUAAUUCGGGUUGGGUGUCACAAGCUCAUUAACCAUCACAUCUUCACAAACCUGAUCCUGGUCUUUAUAAUGCUCAGCAGUGUAUCGCUGGCAGCUGAGGACCCCAUUCGCAACUUCUCCGCUCGCAAUAUUAUACUUGGUUACUUUGACUAUGCAUUCACAACAAUCUUUACUGUUGAAAUCGUGCUGAAGAUGACUGCCUUUGGGGCAUUUCUCCACAAGGGGGCGUUCUGCAGAAAUUAUUUUAACCUGCUGGAUUUGCUGGUGGUGGGGGUCUCCCUGGUUUCUUUUGGAAUUCAAUCAUCGGCUAUCUCUGUAGUGAAGAUCCUUCGAGUGCUGCGUGUGCUGAGGCCUCUCAGAGCGAUCAACAGAGCCAAGGGACUCAAGCACGUGGUCCAGUGUGUCUUCGUUGCCAUCCGAACCAUUGGCAACAUUAUGAUCGUUACAACUUUACUGCAGUUCAUGUUCGCCUGCAUUGGAGUACAGCUAUUUAAGGGCAAGUUCUAUCAGUGCACAGAUGAGGCAAAGACAAUUCCUGAGGAAUGCAAGGGAACCUACAUUGUUUAUAAGGACGGAGAUGUGAACCACCCGAUGGUUCGGCAUCGAAUUUGGCACAACAGUGAUUAUAACUUCGACAAUGUGCUGAGUGCCAUGAUGGCUCUCUUCACUGUCUCCACUUUUGAAGGCUGGCCUGCGCUUUUAUACAAAGCAAUUGACUCCAACGGAGAGAAUGUCGGGCCUGUCUACAACAACCGAGUGGAGAUCUCCAUCUUCUUCAUCAUCUACAUCAUCAUCAUCGCCUUCUUCAUGAUGAACAUCUUUGUCGGUUUCGUGAUCGUCACAUUCCAGGAGCAGGGAGAGAAAGAGUACAAGAACUGUGAGCUGGACAAAAACCAGCGCCAGUGUGUGGAAUAUGCCCUCAAGGCCCGGCCUCUGCUCAGGUACAUCCCCAAGAACCCAUACCAGUACAAGUUCUGGUACGUGGUGAACUCCACUGGCUUUGAGUACGUCAUGUUCGUCCUCAUCAUGCUCAACACCCUGUGUCUGGCCAUGCAGCACUAUGGGCAGUCCCCUCUCUUUAACUACGUCAUGGAUAUUCUCAACAUGGUCUUCACUGGCGUCUUCACUGUGGAAAUGGUUUUGAAACUCAUUGCUUUUAAACCAAGGCUCUGUGUGGAAAAAAAGAAGAGAGUGCUAGGUUAUGUGGGGGAUGCCUGGAACGUGUUUGAUGCCCUCGUCGUUAUUGGCAGCAUUGUAGACAUCGUUCUCAGUGAAAUCGACAAACUUAUAGAACUAACAGGUGCUGCUCCUCCGACAGAAAGCCCCCCAGUGGGAGAGACUGGGAACUCAGAGGACAGCUCUAGAAUCUCCAUCACAUUCUUCCGCUUGUUCCGUGUGAUGCGAUUGGUCAAGCUGCUAAGCAGAGGGGAGGGCAUCCGGACACUCCUGUGGACAUUUGUAAAGUCAUUUCAGGCUUUGCCAUAUGUUGCUCUUCUGAUAGCCAUGUUGUUUUUCAUCUACGCUGUAAUUGGAAUGCAGGUCUUUGGAAAAGUUGCCAUGGUGGACAAUACACAAAUAAACAGAAAUAACAAUUUCCAAACCUUCCCACAGGCUGUUCUCCUGCUGUUCAGGUGUGCUACAGGGGAAGAGUGGCAAGAGAUCAUGCUGGCAUGCCUGCCUGGUAAACGCUGUGACCCUGAGUCAGACUAUGGUCCUGGGGAGGAAUUCACAUGUGGAAGCAACUUUGCCAUUGUUUAUUUCAUUACUUUUUAUAUGUUGUGCGCCUUUUUGAUCAUCAACUUGUUUGUCGCUGUCAUCAUGGACAAUUUUGACUAUCUGACACGGGAUUGGUCAAUUCUCGGCCCCCAUCAUUUGGAGGAAUUCAAGAGGAUAUGGUCAGAAUAUGACCCAGGAGCUAAGGGCAGAAUAAAACACCUCGAUGUGGUCACGCUGCUCCGGCGCAUUCAGCCUCCACUUGGCUUUGGCAAGCUUUGCCCACACAGAGUGGCAUGCAAGAGAUUAGUAGCCAUGAACAUGCCUUUAAACAGUGAUGGGACUGUCAUGUUCAAUGCCACAUUAUUUGCCUUGGUCAGAACAGCUCUGAAGAUCAAAACAGAGGGUAACCUUGACCAGGCCAAUGAGGAGCUGCGAGCAGUCAUCAAGAAGAUCUGGAAGAGGACCAGCAUGAAGCUGCUGGACCAAGUGGUUCCUCCCGCUGGCGAUGAUGAGGUAACCGUGGGGAAGUUCUAUGCCACCUUCCUGAUACAGGACUACUUUAGGAAAUUCAAGAAUCGUAAAGAGCAAGGCCUUGUGGGGAGACUUCCAUCAAAGAAUAGCACCGUGGCUUUACAGGCUGGUCUCCGGACGCUGCAUGAUAUUGGGCCUGAGAUUCGACGAGCAAUAUCAUGUGACCUGCAAGAUGAGGAUGUUAUAGAUGUUAAUCCUGAGGAAGACGAGGAUAUCUAUAGGAGAAAUGGUGGCCUCUUCGGCAACCAUGUGAAUCAUGUCAAUGGCAAUGACAACAGAAGGAACUCUGCAAAACAGACCAACGCCACACAGCGCCCUCUGCAGGUCAAAAUACAAGCCUUUGAUACUGAGAGGCCGUCUCUGUCCAGCAAAACUGAGAACUCCCUGUCUCAUAACCAUCACAACCACAACUCGGCCUCAAAGACAUCACCAAACUCCACCAAUGCCAACCUCAACAAUGCCAACAUGCCCCUCAUUCCUAACGGAAAACACCAUGGCCAUCGGAGCUACGAACAUCUCUCCGCCAACGGUUACCCUUCCCAUGGGCCAUACUUCAAGGGAGAUCUGUAUGAAAAGCACAGAAAAACCAGCAGCAAAAGGACCCACUACUAUGAAACAUAUAUUAGGUCCGACUCUGGGGAGGGCCGCUUCCCCACUAUCCGGCGUGGAGAGCCUCCUAUGGAUGAGCACCACCAGGAGGAUCGCUACUCCGGAGAGCAGGAGUAUUACAGCGGGGAGGAGCUGUAUGAAGAAGACAGCGUGCUGUCAGGAGACGGGAGAUCAUAUAAGGAACACCACGAGAGAUUUCACAGCAGUGACCUUGACUAUGAAACCCCUAAAGGCUACCAUCACCCUUAUGGAUACUACGAUGAGCAGGAUCAGCACAGUUAUCAUGACCCCCGGCGUUCUCCAAGGAGACGGCUGCUCCCUCCCACGCCCCAAGCGAACCGGAGGCCAUCCUUUAACUUUGAGUGUCUGCGUAGACAAGGCAGCCAAGAUGAAGUCCCGCUGACUCCUGCGUUCCACCAGCGCACCGCCCUCCCACUGCAUUUAAUGCAGCACCAGGUGAUGGCUGUAGCAGGACUAGAUUCUAACAGAGCUCAAAGGCUCUCGCCAACACGGUCAACUCGCUCUUGGGCGACCCCGCCAGACACUCCCGUCAGCAAGGAGCGCCCUCCCUACUACACCCCUCUCAUCCGCGUGGACAGACCCCACCGCAGAGACCAUGUCAACGGCAGCCUUGCAUCCCUGCACACGAGCUCCUGGUACACAGAUGACCCUGAUUAUCCCUACAAGGCAUACACGCCUGCACACUUAAAGAUCCCUGCAGAGUUUCGACAUAAAUACCAUGAAAAGAGAGGGAGCGCAGCCAGUUUGGUUGAGGCGGUAUUAAUAUCUAAAGGACUGGGAAGGUACGCGAAAGAUCCAAAGUUUGUAUCGGCCACAAAGCAUGAGAUUGCGGACGCUUGCGACAUGACAAUAGACGAGAUGGAAAGCGCAGCGAGCAAUCUUCUCAAUGGCAACAUGACGGCUCCCGCCAAUGGAGAAGUGUUCCCCAUUUUAAGCAGGUGGGACUAUGAGCUUCACGACUUAGGUGCUGGCUACAGCGAUGAAGAACCAGACUCUGUGAAAUACGAGGAGGAUUUAGCAGACGAAAUGAUAUGCAUUACGACUUUAUAGCACUUGCUAAAAGGGAAAAUACACGGAUUGGGUAACAAACAAAAGAAGUGCCUUGCUGGAAUAUUUUAAGUCACUAACUGGAUCAACAGGCGAUUUGGGAAAGUGUGAUUGACGCAGCCAGCUGAAGCCAUAGAGUGCUUUGGAAACAGGUGUCUCUUUUAAUUGGGGAGAACAGACCUACUAAUAGUUACACUCUGAACUCUAGAGAGAAACCUCCUUUGGUAAGGUACACAGCCCCCCCCACUGUGGGGUCGAGAAAUAGAAACAUACAUGCAUUCUAGCACGCGAGGUGUGUCACUGGUGAUGACAAUCAGAUAGAGAGUGUCAUUAUCUCAACCACUUUGUACUGCGUUAGCAUAUCAAGAAAAUACAUUUCCAUUGCAAAAAGACAACAGCAUAUCCACUGUAUGUAUCCAGAUGUAACCUGAAUCUUGAAACUCUUCUACAUUUUUUUUUCAAAUUGUUCUUUCAAUGGCGCCACCGACAUUAGUUUUCAGUCACUAAAUUAUACUAGUUUACACAAACCAAUAUCACUUUUAUUUAUUGUAUUAUCAAGCUAUUUAGAGAUUUAGUCUGUUUCUAUGACCAUCAUAAUAAAUGCAUUACACACU